AUGCUAUCAUUAACCAACAAGUUAUUAAAAAAUUCAAAUAGUAAUAAAAGUUUAUUAUUAUUUUUAAAUUGUGGUAAAUUAAAUUUUACAUCAACCAAAGGAAUAGAAAAGGAGUUUGAAAAAGAAAGUAAAAAGGAAACUGAAAGAUAUCACGAAGAAUUGGAUGAUUUUUAUUCAAAUGGUAAAGAAAAGCUCUCAAAGUCCAAACGUCUCAUUAAUCAAAAAAAGAGCAAAAGAGUUGCACCAGUUGAAGUAUUCCGUAAUGCUAUCGACUCAAAUAAGGAUGCCCCACAAGUAGACUAUGUUGAGGGCAAGCUCCAUUCAUUCCCACCAUUACCAGGCUCUAGAAGAACAAAGUUAAGAAACUAUGAAGAAGAUGAAGAUGACUAUAAUGACUAUGAGGAUUAUGGUGUUCAAACCAAAAGCAAAAACAAGUACAACAGCAAGAAAAGCAGAAGAUAUGAAGAGGAUGAUGAAGAUGAUGAAGACUUUGAAGACAUUGAGGAUUUUGAAGAGCUUGAAAACAUCAAGCCACCAGUCGAAUGGGAAAGUUCAGAAAAAGAUGAUUUCGAUAAAGAAGAUUGGGAAAGAGGUUUCUAUAAUGAGGCUGAAAUUAGAAAAUUAAAACAUCAAGCAAAAUUAAAAAGAGAAAAAGAAAUUUUUAUGGCCGAGCAAAGAAAGAAAAGACUCCUUAAAUCAGGUUUCCAAUAUAUCAAUGAUGUAGAAAAAAAGAGAACAGACCUUGCCGCUCAGAUCCGUGAAAAAGGUGAUAGACGUUUAAAACACUUUAAGCACCCAAUUCUCUCUGAAAAUGAUGAUUUAGCUCUCAUAACAUUCAAAUUUUUCAAAUUAUUAUAUCUUACCAACGAAGAUGUUCUUUACAAUGAUGAUGUUUUAGAUAUUCCUUCCAAGAUCUCUGUUCAAGAUGUCGAUGGUACUAAAAUUGGUGAAAUGACUGGUCCAGAAGCCUACAGAAUUGCAUACAUUAGAAAACUCGAUAUUUUCCUUCAAUAUACUCCAGUUGGUUCAGUUAUCGCAAGAUUAAUGAGAAUGGAAGAUUUCAUUAAAAUCACAGAAAAGAAAUUUUUAGAAGAGAACCAAAAGAAAUUAGACUCUGCCACAAAACAAACAAAGAAUGUUUUAUUUUCCUCAACAAUUUCAGAAAAUGAUAAACAAACUAAAAUUAAUCAAGUUAAAAACUUUUUACUUAAAAGACAUACAGUUGAAGCUACAUUAACAUUUAAAGAAGUUAUCGAUGAUUCUGUUGCAACAGAGUUUUUCGAAGCAUUAGAAUCUCAAUUAACUGGUAUUGCCAAACCCCAAGCCAACUAUGGUAAGAAAGGUGGUAAAAUAGCAAGUCGUUUCUAUCAUCCACUCAAUGUCAAAGAUAGAGAUAACUAUCUUAAGAAAAUGCAAAAAGAUGAAACCGAAUCAGAAAAAAGAUUAAGAGAACAAUUAGAAAGAGAAGAGAUUGAUCGUUGUGAAGAAAGAGGCGAGGAACCAGACAUGGCUGCAAUCUCUGUCAAAGUUAGCGAAAUCGUUAGAAAAAAGAGAUUGGAAGAACUUUUUGAUGAAAAAGAUCUCUUCCUCUUAAUGGAAGAUGAAAGAAAAAAUCAAAAAAAAGUUAAAAAUGAAUAUUUAAAUCAAGAGAAAAAUAAAUUAGCCCCAACAGCAGGUGAAACUUUAUCAAAUAAACAAAUUAAACAAAAUAUCAACAAGAAUAAAAAUAAAUUGAAAAGAGAACAAAAGGAUGAAGAAGAAUUAUUUUAA